UGUAUAGACAACAAUGGAAGUGAUCCCGCUUACUUCACACUAACAAUCUCAAAAUGUUAGCUCAAACUUGAGCCCAAACAGAACAAAAGAGAGAGAAAGAUGGGGAGUGAAUGCUGUCGGGUUUUCUUCGUUUUGUUAUGAAUUUGGUGACUGAGGAUGUGUAAAUUUUGAGUUGAUGAAGAUUUAGCAGUGGAUUGAUUACAUUUCGGGUCAGUUGGUUGGAUCUUCUCUGCCAGGCAAAGCGGAGAAAUCGUUCUCUGUUCAUUUCAAAGAAAGAUGGGAUCGGGAGAAAGGAAACUUCGGGUCAUCGCAAUUUGGAGCUUGGUGUGUGGGUCCUUGGUCCUCGGUCUACGAGCCGUGUUGUACGUCCUGCGUGACUCAGUGGGUGUCUUGUCCCCACACUAUGGAGGGGGGCAAGCGGCGGAGGACGGCGGCCACGUUCAGGAUACCGCUCUGGAGGUUGCAAUGUUAAUUCUAGACAUCGUUGUUCUCUCUUUUUGGAUACUGAGCACCAUUCUUUUUUACAGGGGCAUAGCUAAGAUGUCUUUAAGCCACCUGUUCCCUUGGUUUCUUAUGACCGUGGCAGUCACAGGCGUCUUUGUCUAUAAACUAAUACGAGACUUCUCAAAUGCUGAUCAUAGAUUUCGCGACAAGCCGAUCAACAUCACUUGGUUCGUUAUAUCUUUUAUUGCGGUUGCUGUGAACACACUUGCUGUUUUGUACGUUUUGCAGUACAUGCGAGAGAACAAUAGGAAAUUCAUGAGUAAACGUGUGGAGCAGAGACCGUUGCCGGAGUCGAUCGGAGCAGAAUCACCCAGAGCCGCAGCAGAGAACCACUCUACAUCGAUAUUCGGGCCUCCAGUCUACAUGGACCCUACUAAUGUUGUCCCUUCCACGAGUGUUCCAUUAACAGCUGAAAAUAAUCCAAAGUGUGCUAAUGAUAUUUUCCGGAAAGUUUUGUCACCAUUCGUCAAAAAAAUGAAGAGGGACGAGGGUCACAUAUAUCUAAAUUCUGAGCCAGUGGAAUCGUCACUUUUGGGUGAUGUGGAGCGCAGUGCCCACUCACUGCCAGGUUAUGCAAAUUCAUCAGUUUUGGGAGUGCAUGAUGAUGCGUCCGCCACAAAUAACGAGCAGGAACAAAGCGGUAAGGCGAACGCUGUAAAAACACGUCGACCUGUGGCCCUGCCCCGUUGUCGCCACCAAGACGUCAGCGGAGUCACUCACGGGGUCAAUUGUUAUGCUUCUAGCAAUGUCCAGAAUUUAGGAACAGAGCGGUGCGAAAGUAUACAAGUCAAUUCUGGUGUCUGUAAUUCUGAGCAGGACUCGGAAGAAGCAUUUGAAUAUAUUUAUGAUGACAUUAUCCCAGUUUUACCGCAACAGUCGAUGACUAAUGACAUUACUCUAGCAGAAAAGUCAGAAAGUGGCACUGGCCACCGCAAUACACACUGUAACGCCAUUGGAUCACCUACAACUCAAGGAGGCAAUUGUCAAGAAGGCAAUUGCCAUAAAUUGGAAAGUGGCAGUGAGCUUAAACAUGGCCAUGUCAGCAAAAUGAAAGCUUUGCUUUUUGGUAGCGCUUGAAAAGAUCGAAUUGUAUAUAAGGGGAGGACGCGCAACGUUAAGAAGAGGAAAUAACUGCCGUUUUAUUUACAAACAAUUCACGCGUAUACCUCUUUUUACAAAAUGCAAAAUGGUUGGGUUAAUGAGCAUAUUAUUCAAGUGCCUCAACCAAACGAAUAGCGGGAACAUUAUUUUUUAAAAAAAUUAUCUCUCAAAUGAACUGAAUGAACUGAAUUUCACAUAUCUAGUGCAAUUGCAAUCUUCCUCAAUGCUAAAUGGCGGUAAACCAAGCUGGCUAGACGAGGAACUCACUUGCUAAUACUCUCCCAGCGGUACACUUCGUUAUUUACAUGAACACCGGUCUCAUUCUGUUGCUUUAAAAUCACCAUUGUUUAUUGAGAAGACAUACCCAGUUUAUUUAUGUCAGUUACCCUCACGUGUUCACAAGGCAACAUAUGUUCCUCUGGAUUGUUCCACAGUUACUCAGGGUAGAGUGGAUUGGUGACAUGGGGCUGGUCCCCACUUUUUAUCAAAUAUCAACUGUAAAGAAUACUCAAACGAAUUCUAAAUGCACUUUUGAGCAUAUUGUUUUCUACAGGGGCGGAGAUUUAUUGCCUUUUUCGUUAUAAAAGUUUCAUUACUUUAUAAAUUUCGCCUUUUUUGUUAUAAAAGUUUCAUUACUUUAUAAAUUUCAAGUUGUGUGAGGUUUAAAGUAGUUGCAUAGCGAAAAAGGGAAUAUUAAGUUAUACAGUUGCAGUUUAGCAAAGUAGCUUCUCGGUGCACUUGUUGUUAUAUAAAUUUGCGAUUUACCUGAAUAUCUUAUUUAAUAUUUAAAACUCAGAUCAGAAAUCAAACAUAUCCUGAUAUACAACCUUGUAUUUCAUAUAAAUUGUCAUUGAAUUGUUUAAAUGAGUGUUUGCUUGCCCAACACGCCAUUCCUUCUUUGUAUUUGACUGAAGCAAGUCGAAUCUUCGCUGUAGCUGUUGUAUAAUAGUGAAAUAGUGAACUGAUCAAAACUGAGGUUAGGUCUUGGAGAUUGCUCCUGAUUCAGGUCUUGAAACGUGAUAUCACAAACAGAUGGCUGAGCUUACGUUAUGAAUUAUAAAUCCACAUUUCAUAAAUAUUUCACCGUGAUUUUAGGCAUCAGAAGUACAGGUAGAAUGAACAUAGCAACCCGCAUUUAGUUAACAAUGUUUCCUAGUCGAUGCUAUGCCGAGAUCUGGGAUCACGAGUAUAUAUCUCAGGAAUAUUAGGAUUCACCGCAGAAGAAAAGCAAACGUACCACAUCCGGAUUAUCGCAAGUAUGAUCAUUUCACGGAGGCCGCUUGUCAACAUAGCCGUGAUCACUUUAAUCGUUAUCUUUGUCACGUUGUGUGCCGUUAUAAAAAGACAGUCGAACGAAAUAAACGAGAUCAUCAGAAAACUGUUAAACAAACCCAAAAACAGACCAUUAUUGAAGACAAACUAUUUUGAAUGUUCGGAUUAUGUAUACGAAAACAGAGGGACGAGUUCAAUGUUUUGCCUGAGGACGAAUACCCGUACGGCCACAGGUUGUGGCAAAGAUGGCGUACCCUAUCAGUGGCUACCGAAAUUUACCACAGACUGGCAAUCAGAAAAACUCCAAGAAUUUAAAGUCCUUUCGGCGGCAGCACUACGCGCUUGCGGCGACCAUUGUGAAGGCAGCAUCGGAAGGAGCCGAGUGCAAGCGGACAUGUACGAAGAAGUUGUGAAGGCGCCUUUUAUAAAUCGUGUCUGUGAGACGGGGUUCAACGUGGGGUAUAGCUCCAUGGUUCUCUUGUUGUCAAACCCCAAUAUUUCUCUCACUAAUUACGAUUUCGGAAUGUACAUUACUCCGGAGAUUAAAUCAUUCUUCGAAAAAACAUUCCCGGGUGGUUUUAAGAUGGUUAUGGGGGACACAAGAAAAACAUUACCAUCCCACGUGAAAUCCAAGCAAACCUGUGAGCUCCUAAUCAUCGAUGGUGGUCAUAGAUAUGAAGAAGCUUUAGCAGAUUAUCAGCUCAUGAGGUGGAUGGCAAACAAAACACACAAUCUGGUCAUAAUGGAUGAUUUGUACUGUCUCAGUAUGUUCUGUAAAGGACCGAGGCAGGUAUGGCAGGAGGCAAUAGACCGCGGGGAACUGAAGGAGUUGUAUGGGUGCGCGGGGAGAUACAAGGGGAGGUGGUUCCGAGGCUUCGCCGUUGGGCAGUUCGUCUUUUGAAAUUAAGUAAAUAGGAAACUGAAGUCAGAAAUGGUAUUUACAGUUAGAGGAAAAAAGUGACUUUCCCGAUCAGCUGUCAACUCAAUGUAAACACUUUUGAUUUUGUAUUUAGGGACUUUCGUGUAUAUACUGACGUUGUUUCAAAGAGGAAAACAGAAAACUCUGUUCAUUUAUUAAGCUCAUAUUGACCACAGACGAACGGUAGCGCAAAGGCUUACUUAGGUAGGCUACAUGUAUUAUAAGGCCCAGUUUCACAUUACCACUAAUUACAACCUAUAUUAAUUUUUAAACAAGGAAUUAGAGACUUUAAUGAGCUUUAUAAAUGGUGUGUGCUUUGAUUAAAUUUACGCGUCCCGUGAAUUAGUAUUCAGUGUAUCCAAUGUAGCAUUAGGUUCAGUACUGCAAUGGCUUAUACAUGUAUUAUCCGUGAAUACUGCUAUUGUUGAAUCUCACCACUCAACACCAAAUGUGGGGGAUGGAGAUAGAAAGAAUUAUAAUUGAUUUAAUAUUGUAUUAAAUUUUAAUUUGUGUAAUUCCAUGAUGCAUAAGUCAAAUGAAAUUGAUCAUGAGAGAACAGUAAUGAAGUGAACUGAUAAAAAGUUUAUACAUCAACGCGUCUGUUGUCAUUUUCACCAUAUUUUCAUGAUCGUAAGGAAGUUAACAUGGGUUGUUUUGCCCGGUUCAUAUAACUACUGAAGUUAUUAACAAGUUUGCAGUUCUCAGUCAAACAAUGAACCUGUCUACAGUCCACCGGAAAGGACCAGUAACAUAGAAUUAACCACGAGUUAACGAAGGGACAUGGUGUGUUAGCUUGGGCGAGAAAGUCUCAGUUGAGAUAAAAAAUAUUUCUGCUGUUGUUGCGAUUUGUGUGAUUAAUUGCUUUAGGUGAGACACCGACAUACUUUAUAAUGUCUUCGUAGUUAAUUACUUCACACAAAAAUUUUUCAACUUAAAGUAAUUCUCUUUUCU